GAAUAUUUCUUCUAACAUCCUGGAGGAGUCUGCCGUCUCUGAUGAUACCUUGUCACCCGAUGAGGACAGAGUGUGCUCUGGUCAGUACUUUACAGAGAGUGGACUUGUGGGCCUCCUGGAACAGGCUGCAGAGCUCUUCAGCACGGGAGGCUUGUAUGAGACGGUUAAUGAGGUCUACAAGCUGGUCAUCCCCAUCCUGGAAGCGCAUCGGGACUUCCGGAAGCUGGCCUCUACACACGACAAGCUGCAGAAGGCCUUUGACCACAUCAUCAACAAGGAUCAUAAGAGGAUGUUUGGAACUUACUUCCGAGUUGGUUUCUAUGGUUCCAAAUUUGGGGAUUUGGAUGAGCAAGAAUUUGUUUACAAGGAGCCUGCAAUUACUAAGCUUCCCGAGAUCUCACAUAGACUAGAGGAAUUUUAUGGUCAGUGUUUUGGUACAGAAUUUGUGGAAGUGAUAAAUGACUCCACUCCUGUGGACAAAACCAAACUGGAUCCCAACAAGGCCUACAUACAGAUCACAUUUGUUGAGCCCUACUUUGAUGGGUAUGAGAUGAAAGACAGGGUGACCUACUUCGAGAAGAAUUUCAACCUUCGGAGGUUCAUGUACACCACUCCCUUCACCCUGGAGGGGCGGCCUCGGGGAGAGCUACAUGAGCAGUACCAGAGGAACACUGUCCUCACCACCAUGCAUGCCUUCCCCUACAUCAAGACCAGGAUCCGAGUCAUCCAAAAGGAGGAG